AUGAAUCAAAAUGAAGAAGAAUUACAAUCAAUUCAAAUAGAUCAAUUAGAAGAUCAAUUAAUAGAUCAUCCAGAUGAAAUAACCAAGAAACAAUUACAUGAUACUUCAUUAGAUGAAACUUUUCAAAAAAAAUUAAGUGCAAAAGCUAAACAAUUUGAUUUAAAUAAUAAUAAAAAUUUUAUAAAUCAUAUAAAUAAUUUAGAUUUAAAUGAUUCAAGCGAUUUCAAUGGAAGAGAUAAUAAUUUUAAUAAUUUAAAUAAUGGAGUUAGUAGUAAUAAUGGAUCUUCAUUAAAUUAUCAAUUUUUGAUUACAAAACUGCAUUUAGAUUUUACUAAAAAGGAAUUUGGUGAUUUGGAACAAGAGAUAUCUGAAUGGUUUUCUUUUAGUGAUUUGAAAGUUCUCGGAGGAUUAGAUAGAUUAAUUGAAAAUUAUGAAAAUUGCAAAAAUAUUCAAAAAAUUUCAGAAGAAUUAAAAAACGAUACUAUUCAUGAUAAUUUAGUAGGUUUGAAAAGUAUUUUAUAUUAUAGUUUUGGGGAAUAUGCCGAUAAAUCUAAUGUACAAGACCAAUUGAGUUUUAUAACUACAAAUAAUCUAAAAUUAAUAGCAUAUGAAAUUUAUAAACCGCUAACUACAAUAUUGAAGAAUUUUUUAAAGGAGAGAAUAGACAAGGAUAAUAAUUCACUAUUAGAGAACAAAAUGUCGAAGAAAGUUGAGGAUUCAUAUUUUAGAAUUUUAACAUUAAUAUAUUUCAUGACAUUAAUAGCAUUAUAUAAAAAGAAUGACGGAGUAGUCAGGAAUUUUAAGCAUUUUUUACUGGAUAUUGGACUUUUGGAAACUAUUGUACAAUUUAUAGAACAUUGGAAAUGGCACAAGAACAAUAAUUACAGAAUCAGAUAUCUUAUACUACUACUAAAUAAAUUAUUAAUUUUAGAAUUUGGUGAUUGGGAUCAACUAAAAAAUUGUGAUUCAUUUCUUAAUGAGCUACACAACAUCAAGACUAGUAAAGAUAAGGAAGAAGAUGGUAAAACAAGAUUAACCUUAUCACCACUAGAUUAUUUUUCAUUUAGAGAAGAUUUGCUAGACAAAUACCCAUUAUUUGAUUAUACGAAAGAAGAAUUACAAAAGAAUUUAGACCACAGUACCCAUGAUUCAAAAUCAAUAGAGGAAAGAUAUCAAUACUUCAUGGCAGUAAACAAUUACUCCACUUCAUUAUCAAAUAUUAUAGAACAACCAAAGACAAAUAAAUCACAUACCGUUUUAAGUCAACUACCUGCUCAACAAGUACAUAUUGCAACGCCUUUACCAUCACCUAAAUUAAUUUCAUCUGAAUAUAUGUCUGGCGGAGAGAAAAUAAGGAAAUCAUAUCAAAUCAACCAAUCCAUGCCAUUUAUUUAUCCAAAUGAUGAAAAAACCAAUUCAACCGUUCCGUAUGCAUUGGUCGAGGCUGAUGAAAUCUUAAAAAACUCAAUCAAUGAAAGUUAUUCUUCAAAAAGACUUUGGAGUGAGAGAGAAAAAUUUAUGAAACAAGAAAGAGGAUUCGAAAGUUCAUAUAAAGACAAAGAUGAAUUUGACUACGAUUUUGUAGAAUUAAAAAAACAAUUUCCUAACAAAUCAUCAGAAAUAGGAUCACUACUUAGAGUCGAAACAUUUUAUACAAAAACAUUUUUCAGACUAUCAUCCUUAAUUGAAGUGUUUAUGGAAAUUUUGAAAAACAAUAGAAUUGAAAACAAUUUAAAUUUUUAUGAACUAGAAUUGAAUCCAUCAACUUCUUUCAUUGUCAACUCACCAUUAGCUCAAGAUAAUGAAAAAUCCAAAUCUAGAAUUGAAAAUGUUUUGUUAUCACAAUUGGAAGUGAUGAAUAUAAAAGAAAUUUUGACAAAAUCAGUCACAAACAUAGUUUUAGCAUUAAUUAAAUGGUUUAAAAUCAGUCAUGUUUUAAAAUAUUAUUAUUUAUCUUCAAUUUUAUUUGAUCAACAGUUUUUCAUAAUAGCAUUAGAUUUCAUAAGUACAAAUUUCAAUAACAUGAACAAUCAAUCAAUACCACAACUGCCGAACGAUAAAAAGGAUGAACUAAUAGAGUACGAAAUCUUAAUUAAUCAAAAUAGAUUAAUGAAUCCACAGAUCCACCUACCAAAACUAAAUUUUUUCAACAAUUGUUUGAAGAAAAAUGAUGAAAAUUAUAUUUAUAAAUUCAUAAAUAACGAGUUCAUAUCAGAGUUACCUAAAGAAUUAGAUUCAAAUAAUGUAAAUAAUGUGUAUAUAAAAAAAUUCAACCCAAAUUUUGCAACAAUUUUAUCAAACUUACUAAAUAUAACAAACAAGAUCCUUAUCAAAAAUCAAAUACAAAGAAUUUUUAUAAUCAACGAUCUAAAACCAUCAGAACUUUUUAAAAUGUUAUUAAUAAACUACGACAAUGUUAAUUUAACAAAACCAAUUUUGAAAAUUUUGAAAAAACUAGUACCAUACCAAGGUAGAAAAUGGAAAAGUAACAAUAUGGAUCUAAUAAGUUUAAUUUACUUAAAUUGCAAACUUAACUUAAAAGAUAAUUGGUUAAGUGGUAAGGAUUUAGAGAAUGAUUUUAAUAUAAGUUUUGAUCAAGAAAUUGCAUUAAGAGGAUUAUUACAGUUUUAUCAUUUGAAAAAAUAUAAUAAUCUGAAAUUGGGUUAUAAAAUUAGUGACGAAGAUGAUGAAAAGACUGCUGAUGAUGUUAAUGAACUAGGUAAGAGUAUCCCGAAAUUGAACUUGAAUGAGUAA